AUGCUCCCGCCUCCCGUCACCGCAGACAUCCAAAAAUACAAGUCUCACCUUGACGAUUUCCUUUCGAAAAAGUAUGUCGACCAGUCUCUCCUCCUAGGCUUCAACGCCGUGGUCCAAUCCAAGUUUUCCCAGUGGAUCCAGGACGACGUGGCUCGGUACCACGAGAAACAGCACUCUGGCGCUACUCCGCAAAACCAGGAUGCUGAGUUUGCGCUGGUUGAGCUUUUGGAGAUACUAUGGGGUAAGUUUUUGCACCCCAUCGUGAAGUUCUACCAACGCCAGCAUGCCGAUUUGUACUUGCAGUCGGCAGAUACACUCAAGGACAAGAAAAAGGGGAACUUCAAGAUUGUGGAAAUGAGAAAGUUGAACGAGACCUUCACCAAGUUCGUCAAGUCUUCCACUGCAGCAUACAGAUCCAUUCUCCAGCAUAUGAUGGCAACGUACGAAAAUCCGUUAUUGCCGAAAAACUACCUCGCCGAUUUAGACAUUGCCACAGGCGCAGGCAAAAAGUGCACGAAUUCCGAUUUUAAUGCAAACCUUACCUUCAUCCUCUACCACUGUUUGUUGGGAUUGGGUAAUUUGAAUAGACACUCUGCCACCAUCACGGUCACAUAUGUUGAUCCUUGCAAGUCAGUGAACGCCUACUACAGACACUUGAAACAGCAGGACAAAAACGCCAAUUCUCUCAAGCAUUACGAGCCUGCGUUGCAGUGCUACCAUAAGUGCAUUGGUUUGCUUCCAGCGCUCAAUGAGCCUUACAACCAUAUUGGUGUUAUUUAUAAUAGCGCCAAUGCCAAGUUUGAUGCAACUUUGUGGUUUUUGCGCUCUCAGUUUACCAGAAUACCGAACUACGUUGUUGGUAAGGUGAACCUUGCAACGAUAUUCAAGAAGCAGUGGCUCGAAGGAGCCUAUACUUCCAUUAAGCUGAAACACCCUCGUCAAAUGAACGAGGAGGAUAUCAACAUCUGGCUUCUACGUAUUUUGGCCCAGAUCUUCUUUUCUUCUUUUUAUAAACGCCCUCUUAAUGUUGAAACAGCAGAGAAGGAGAUCAUCGGGGUGUUGUUCUGCAACCCUGAAACUACUCAGUUUGUCAAAAACCCUGAAUUCAUCAAGGAGCAUUUGACCGUGUUGAUCUGCUUCUUCUGCUGGGCGGAGGCCGAGAACAGCCAAUCUGCUAAGAAAAAGAUUGGUUACUUCUUCGUCAACUACCUUAAUGCUUAUCUCAGAGACGUUGCGGAAUUGAAGUUCAACAAGGACGUUCACCUCCCGAACUUGCGUUUCAUCUUGGCUUUCCUCAGAAAACAAACAGGGCUUCUCAGCUACGAUCGUGGGGAAUUGAACCAUUCUGUUGCAAAAGCCGUGAAUGCUAUCGUUCUCAACGAUCUGGAAAAGCAAGCCCACAGGCUCGCUAUUCUCUCAGAUGCCUAUCUUGCUCAGGACCUUCCGACUCGUACGCACUACUUUGCUGAAGAUGUCAACUUCAAGGACUUUGGCCCAAUUGGCUUCCAGUUCAAGGACUUCCAGGACACGAGAUUGUUUUCCAGUGACUAUGUCGGACCACUUUUUGGUGGUGAGUAUUUUAGCAAAGCCCAGGGCAUUCCCUUGUUUUUGGACAACUACGCUGUCCAGCAGAUUGACAAGGAGUUCGAGCUCAACAGCGAAAAUCUCGAUACUGAGAGCAAGAGAAAGCUCAAGGCUGAGCUCAUUGCACAGGCAUCCGAAUCGCUUGAAAACGAUAUGAGGUUCUGCGCUAUUGCCAAGCAGGUCAGCAACAAUUUUAACGAUUUAACCCUCGAUGAAUACUCCCAUUUGCUCCAGGUCAAGGUGGAGGUUUCGGCCACGCCAAAUGUGAAGGGUAUCAAGAAGAAGUCUCCCAAGCCAAAGACUGAUAAGAAGGCAGAGAAGAAGAAGGAUUAUGCUUCGAUCAUCAGAGAGGGUCCCAAGAAGCCAGAGGAAGCUAAGAAGGUGCCCAAGAAGCCAGUUGAAGAGGAUAACGAAGUGCAAGUCGCCAACCUGUCUACCGAAAUUUCCACCUCCAAUGUGGCUCCUUCUUCCAUUGAAGAAAUUGAGCUGAUGAUCGCAGGCCAUGCCCAGUCGUUCAGACAGCAAAAUGGUUCCGGUGGAAUUGACACCGAAGCGGGUCUUUCUGAUAUGGUCAACUCCAUCAUCAACGAUACCUACCAGGACAAGUCCAACGAUGUGGUGAUCCCUGAUUCUCAGGACAGCCUGGGUGCUCUCAGAACGUCAACCCAGGAGCCUGUGGAUGCCACACACCAGAUCCAGGCUGCUUCUACCCAACAGGGAUUUUCUCAACCAUUGCCUCAAGGAAGUCCACAGGUCCAGGGCCACGAGUUCCUGAUGAAUCAGCCUAUGAUGCCGCCAAUGGGACAGACUCCACAAUUAGGCUACUCCAUGGCACAGAGCCAGUUUCUUCAAGGGCCAGCCCAGCCUUUUGGAUACCCACAGGGCUACGGAAUGCCCGUUUAUCCUGGAAUGGCGCCACCUCCACCUCCACAAGCUACGCAGAUGCCAGGUUCAUCCCAGGUUCCUGAUUUCCAGCAAUACGCCAGUAUCUACGGUCAGCCGCCGGGAGGAUUUGGAAUGUACGGACCACAGGGUCCUUGGAACCGCCAGGCACCAUGGAACUACUACGGCGGCAGUUCCCAGAGCAGCCAGAACUUUGGGUCUAGCCAGUAA